AUGACCACUCCCGAGCGCAGUCCACGCUCUCGCUCGCCCACACGCGAGCACAAGCGGCGUAGACACCACUCACGUUCUCCACAUACCCGAACCAGGCCACGAGCACUACCACUCAAUGCCCGCGAGCUGGACAAGCACGACCUACGGACAUACAAGCCCCUUUUCUCACUCUAUCUAGACAUACAGAAGCAAAUAGAGAUUGAAGACCUGGAAGAGUCUGAAGUUAAAGGCAGGUGGAAGAGUUUCGUGAAUAAAUGGAACCGUGGAGAACUUGCUGAAGGCUGGUAUGAUCCUGCCACCUUGAACAAAGCCAUCGACGCCGAACAAUCCACUUCUAGACGGCAGACGCCGCCCAGCGCCAGCACAGCGCGACGCGCAUCACCCGUACGCUCGACCGAGGCAGUCGAGGAGAACGACGACGAGGACGACUUCGGCCCCUCACUCCCCACCUAUACCGUCCCAGCACGACUAUCCGUGCUCCCCCACCAUGCCACUCGCGCACCCGGUCCAUCAAUACCCACCACGUCCGACCUCGUCGCGACGCGGGAAGCCGCCAUCGAAGCAGCCGCCGCCGCCCGUGCCUCCAAAGCCUCUCUCCUUCGAGAAGAGCGCAAAGCCGAGCGCGCGCUCCAAGCCCAGCGUCUCGAGGAGCUCGCACCCCGCGCUGCUGCCGGCAGCCGCGAGCGCCAGUUGGAGAAAAGGCGCGAGGUCGCGGCGUCUAAUAACGCCUUCGCGCAGUCUGCGCACGAUGCCGGAGACGUAGAAGUGCGCGAAGCGGACGUCAUGGGCGAUACCGACAGUUUGGGCGAGCUGAAGCGGAUGAAGAAAGAGCACGAGAGGAAGAAGAAUGAGCGGGAACUGAGAAGGGAGGAAAUGUUGAGGGCGAGACGGGCAGAGAGGGAAGAGAGGCUGGCGAUUGUGCGGCAGAAGGAAGAAAAGACGAUCGGGAUGUUACAAGAAUUGGCCAGAGCGAGGUUUGGCGGCGGUGCCACAGCGGGCGAGACAGGCGGUGGGUGA